CCGACCUGACGCCGAGCCCCCGAGAGCGAGCAUAACGAGCGGAGGAAGACAGGACAAUCAGCGAGCAACGGAGCAUGAUUGAGGAUAAUGGCUGCUCCCGAUCGUGAAAAGCAGCCUGAGAAGGACGACCAUUCCAGUUCAAGUGAAGAGGACCAGAAUGCGCUUGAGGUCUCGUUCGAUCAAUCUAGUCCGUAUCGGCGCAAGAGCUCUAUAGUAGACAGCGACGUUCGUGUCCCCCUUCACCUCCGGCGGUCACAGCCGGCCAGGACGGAAUGCUUUGUCCACCAGUUUCUCGACGCUCAGCGACGGCCCCCUAGACGGCAAAAUACCCUACAUGGACACCUCGAUGUUACUCGUGAAAAUGGCCAGGACCGGGUGCCCGACCCUAAAGGCGUCCCAAGCACUCUCAGUAACAAUGCCGCCGAUCCGCGCGCCCGGGAGUGCUCAAUUACCAAUGCCAACUCAAGCGAUACCAGUGAUGCUGGUCAGAUUGAUGAGAAGGAAUGGAAAAGUGAGAUCGUAAGGAUCGAAUCCACACAACUCACCGAAACAGACCUAGACGAAACACACAGCAGGCUCCUCACCAAGAAGCAGUUGAGUGAGAUGGCAUGGGGAGUGAGGGAGCUGAGUCGGCGAUUGGGCAGCGUGCGCUUGAAGUUUAAGAUCAAGACCAUCUUCGUGCUCACCAAGCCGUAUGACCAGGAACUAAUUCCCAAGACACGCGCCUUGAUCCGGUGGUUACUUGAUAAGGAGCGCGACGUGCGCUAUACUGUCUACAUCGACAAGGCAUUGCGUAGCAACAUGAAGUUUGAUGCACCCGGUCUGAUCGAAGAGGUCCGCAAGGACUAUGUUGAGUCUGGCGAGAUCUCAGAGGAAGCCGGCAAUGACAUAUCCCAGCGUCUACGCUACUGGGACGAGGAAUUGUGUCGCGCCAGGCCACACACGGCCGACUUUGUGAUCACACUCGGCGGUGAUGGAACCGUACUAUUUGCGAGUUGGUUAUUCCAGCGGAUCGUUCCACCUGUUCUGAGCUUUGCUCUUGGGAGCCUAGGGUUUCUGACCAAGUUCGACUUUGACAACUAUCAAGAGACCUUGACAGCUGCCUUCACAGAAGGUGUCAAUGUGGCUUUGAGGCUAAGAUUCGAAGGAACCGUCAUGCGAUGUCAGAAGAAAAGAAGGAAGCUCGUUAAGGAUGGGGAUAGAAAACCGGGCGGCACAGAGGGUCCUGAUGGCCAGAACGGGAAUGAUACACGCGAAGAGGAAGAGGAAGAGAGGAAACGAGAUCUCGUAGAAGAACUCAUCGGCGAGGAAAAGGAUGACGAACGAACCCAUCGACCAGACGGCACAUAUGACGUGCUCAACGAGGUGGUGGUGGAUAGAGGACCCAAUCCAACAAUGUCAUCCAUCGAUAUCUUCGGCGAUGACGAGCACUUCACCUCCGUCCACGCCGAUGGUAUUUGCGUUUCCACUCCCACCGGCUCAACCGCCUACAACCUCGGCGCCGGCGGCUCUCUCUGUCACCCCGAAAACCCCGUCAUGCUCGUGACCGCUAUCUGCGCGCACACGCUCUCCUUCCGGCCCAUCAUCCUGCCCGACACCAUCGUGCUUCGCAUCGGCGUGCCCUACGAUGCCCGGACCGGCUCUUGGGCGAGUUUCGAUGGCCGCGAGCGUAUCGAGCUUAGACCGGGCGACUACGUGACCAUCAGCGCGAGCAGGUAUCCAUUUGCCAGUGUUCAGCCGCAGGGGAAGAGGAGUGAGGAAUGGAUCAAGAGUAUCAAUGCGAAGCUUGGUUGGAAUACUAGGCAGAAGCAGAAGAGCUUUACGUAGGAUACUCUUGGCCUGUCUUUUCGAAGGCCGGGACGGGAUCACGUUUGUCUAUACUGUGUAUACCUCAACCGUCUUGUGGGAUAUUACAAGCUAGCACUCUGCCGGGGAAGAAGAAAUUGUAGCUCAGCGAACUGUACCUAGCGAGUGGCUUUCAUCAUCGAUGUUGUCAAAAAAUAAAUAAAAAUGCUGGAGCUUGAAAAGCAUUCUUACAGCUGUCCUAGAAGCUACAUACAAUUUCUAGGUGGCCUCUACCAUUCACGAAUCUAUAGAGAGUAAUGCUCUGU